AUGGCAACCCUCACAAUGCAAAGCACAGCCAUAGACCUCUCGGACACACCAAACCCUUCCCACGCCGACUUGGGCUUAGCAACCGUUCGCCGCUCCGACUCCAUCUACCCAGCACGCCGGAUCGGGCCACCAACGGACGCAUGGGACUCACACCCCGACUGGCGGGGAUACUACCUAUUCUGCACGACCUCACUCCCGGUACACACGCUCACGCGCUUCACGACGAGCGCGGUCGCAUAUGUCUCGAGCACCUCGAUUCCGCGCCAGCGGAGGCCAGGGUGGCGCGUCUUCUUCACCGAGUUCUAUUGGACUGACGAGCGCGGUCUACCACAGGUCAUGUUGCGCGAGGACCUCGUGGCCGCGUUUGAGAAGCUCGUGCGCGCAUGGGAACUGCCGCCGGGCGCGUAUGACGAUCUGUGGGAGCUGUGUGCACCACACUGGGGAACGCGUCAACACAUGGGCGACCAAUUGAUCGCCCGCCUCACAAAACUGCAAAAGGAGCGCGGCGCGCUAGCCACCCGUUUCAGCGAGCAGCUCGAGCUCCUCCGUCAGAUGGAGCUGUCGGGAUAUACCCCGACCCGCUUUCAUGCGUCCGAUGUCGAAUACCCUAUAACCUAUUCAAACCUCCGCGGCGUGCCAAUAGCUCCCAGGCGUGGCGGGCGAGGCGAGUACACCAUCCCAUCGGCACCCGAUGCCGAGUUCGUCGACGGCACGGUAUCUGACUGGGUGUUUCACGUUGCGCGCUUCGUACUCUUGCAUGACCCACCACAAGAUCCUGCAAUUGCCGAGCUUGAGACCGAGGCACGUGAGCUGGCGGCGCAGCUUGCUGCCAAUGGCGGGUGA